AUCCUCAUACAAGAAAAAGAAGGAUAAGACCCCCUUAUGUGAAGCUUGUGACGACAAGGUACUUCCUGGGAAAAGGCUCUGCUUAGCUUGUCUUAAAGCAGCGGCAGGCCAUACUGAACCAGAUCCAGAUAUUCUUUCUUACAUCCGUCAAGCAGUUUCAGAGGGUCUUCGACAGUCUGAGAGGGCUAAGAAAAGACGUAGAUCUUUUAGCCCAGAGGAAUAUGCUGACUUAAGCUCUGACGAAUAUGUACCCCCGGUAUUUGAGCAAGACGAGUUGUCAUCUUAA